AUGUCCUACAACAGAGAAGAAUACGGUGGCGGCGGCUCCUCCGGCCAGAACUACUACGACCAAAACGCCGACUUCAGCGAACAGCCCCGCCACGGCCACGGUCACGGUCACCAGGGUGGUGAGCAAGAGUACCGCGGUGGAAACGAUGAGUACCGCGGUGGAGGUGGUCGUGGUGGUGAGCAAGAAUACCGCGGUGGAAACGAUGAAUACCGCGGCGGCGGCGGUCGUGGCGGCGAGCAAGAAUACCGUGGUGGAAACGACGAGUACCGCGGUGGAGGCGGCCAUGGAGGUCAGCAAGAAUACCGUGAUACACGCUACAACGGUGCCGAGUCCUACAGCGGCGGCGACGACUUCUCCUCCGCUGCCCAGCACGCCAACGAGCACCAUGGCGAUAGCUCGCACUCCGGACUCUACGACAAUGCUAUGUCCUACCUGAAUGACCGCAAGGGCCAGAUCCAGCAGGGUGAUUACGAGGUUGAUGAGCAGCAUGCUGUUCAGUCUCACCAGGCUAUGUACAGUGGUGGUAGCUCCGAGGGACAGAGCCAUGACUCUUCGUCCGUUGGUGCCGGUGCUGCUAUGCAGGCUUUGAAGAUGUUCACUGGUGGCAGUGAUAGCUCCAGUGAUGGUGGUUUUGAUAAGAACAAGUUGAUUGGUAUGGCUAUGUCUCAGGCUUCAAAGCUGUGGGAUGAGAAGCAGUCUGGUGGCGCUAGCAUGUCUGGUGACAAGCAGUCUGCUGUUAACAAUGCCGCUGAGAUGGCUAUGAAGAUGUACAUGAAGAGCGGAAGCGGUGGUAUCGGUGGCACUGGUGGUGCUAGCAGCCUUCUUAGCUUGGCUCAGAAGUUCUUCUAA